GAAGGGCAGGGGAGGAAGAAACACAGGAGGAAGAAGAAACACAGGAGGCACAAGGACCGGCUUCACUCCCGCCACCACCCCGCCCUCUGUACACCCGAGAGCGCAGCGCUCAGCCCUGCUCCUCCGCCGCCCUGCGCAUCCGCUUCCGACACCGCCUCCUCCGGCUCCGCGUCCCUGCUCGCUCCCAGUCGCCGGCGGCGCGGACUCGCCACCUCUCGCACGAGGUCACUAGGAGACUGGAAUACCGUAGGAAUAAAUUUUCUGAAAUAAGAGAUCCUGUUGUUUUUAAGACAUAGGAGAAACUGAAUCAAUUUCAGUAUGUCAUCAGUCAAGCGCUUGGUUUAUGCAGUCAUCCAUUUCUUGAGAGAGCAGAGUCAGAUGGAUACUUUUACUCCAGAUGAACAAGAAAGCUUGGAAGUUGCAAUUCAGUGUCUGGAGACUGUGUUUAAGAUUAGCCUGGAAGAUACUCAUCUUGCACCCCCACAGCAUUUGAUAGAAAUGUUCACAAACUCUAUUCACAAGAAUGACAUGCUGCCUCUCUCAGGUUCUUUACCAGAGAAUGUUGUAAAGGCUGACCAACUGAAAGAUGAAGGUAAUAAUCAUAUGAAAGAAGAAAAUUAUGGUGCUGCAGUGGAUUGUUACACUAGGGCUAUACAACUGGAUCCAAACAAUGCAGUCUAUUACUGCAACAGGGCUGCUGCUCACAGUAAGCUCAGCAACUACAGGGAAGCAAUAAAGGACUGUGAGAACGCCAUAGCAAUAGAUCCAAAGUACAGCAAAGCAUAUGGAAGAAUGGGGUUGGCUCUCACCUCAGUGAAUAAAUAUGAAGAAGCAGUUACCAGUUACCAAAAAGCACUGGAUCUUGAUCCAGAGAAUGACUCUUAUAAGUCAAAUUUGAAAAUAGCAGAACAGAAACUGAGAGACAUGUCCAGUCCUACUGGAACUGGACUGAGUUUUGACAUGGCAAGCUUGAUAAACAAUCCUGCCUUCAUUAGUAUGGCAGCAAGCUUAAUGCAAAAUCCUCAAGUUCAACAACUGAUGUCGGGGAUGAUGUCAAAUGCCAUUGGUGGCCCUGCUGCUGGCGUUGGUGGCCUGUCAGAUUUGUCUAGCCUGAUCCAUGCGGGGCAGCAGUUUGCACAGCAGAUACAGCAACAGAACCCUGAGCUCAUAGAGCAACUGAGAAAUCAUAUCCGGAGCAGAUAUUUGAGUGGCAGCACUGAAGAGCAUUCCUGACUUCAAGGAGGCAUGUGAAUUGGAAUGAUAUACAACCCCAAAAUGCGUACCAUAGUUAGUAGCAAAAGCACCAUUGUAACUCUUCUGCUUGAAUAGAAGACAGAAAAUUCUUUGUGCGUGUUUGCAAACAAGAAUAAAUCUGUUAAACAGAUCUCUUGCACAUAA